CCCUAAGUGAAGGAACAGAACAAUUCAUCAACUCUGCCAAGGUCAUCAGACACCCCAACUACAACUCCAGGACCAUCGACAAUGACAUCAUGUUGAUCAAACUUGCCUCUCCUGCCUCCCUUAACUCCAAUGUGAAUGCUGUGGCUCUGCCUUCUAGUUGUGCCGCCGCUGGUUCCAGCUGCCUGAUCUCUGGCUGGGGGAACAUUUCCACCACUACCUCCAAUUACCCCGACCUUCUGCAGUGCUUGAGUGCCCCCAUCCUGACUACCGCCCAGUGUUCCGGUGCCUACCCCGGGCAGAUCACCAACAACAUGUUCUGUGCCGGAUUCUUGGAGGGUGGCAAGGACUCCUGCCAGGGUGAUUCUGGUGGCCCCGUGGUGUGCAAUGGACAGCUCCAGGGUAUUGUGUCUUGGGGAAUCGGUUGUGCCCAGAGGAACUAUCCUGGUGUCUACACCAAGGUCUGCAACUACAACUCCUGGAUCCAGAGCACCAUUGCUGCCAACUAAUCCUUUAACUUAUUGGAAAGUAUAAUCUUUGGUUCUUGGCACAAAU